AGUGAGCAGAGAGGAGGAGGUUAGUGAGCGGAGAGGAGGAGGUCAGUGAGCGGAGAGAAGGAGGUCAGUGAACAGAGAGGAGGAGGUUAGUGAGCGGAAAGGAGGAGGUCAGUGAACAGAGAGGAGGUCAGUGAGAAGGGUUAGGGGGUUAUAAUUUUAGUCAGACUAGAAUGCACUUCAGAUUUAGACCAAAUACAAAUGUAAAAUAUGGUAUGUAAAAGAACUCAUAUGGUAAAAUUUGUAAACAAUUUUGUGAAUCCCUGAGAACCUUCAGAAAAAACAUGAUGCUAACCAAAAUCAUAUGAAGGAAUCUGUGUGUGUGUGUUUGUUUGUUUGCUUGUGUGCAGAUUAUGUCUAAGUGCAUGUUACUUUUUUUGAGAGUGUGAGGUUAAGAGAUUGUGUGUGAGCUUGUUAUGUACUAUAUGUCUGAUUUACAUAAGUAUGUAUGUAUGAGUUUGUGUCCAUCACACUUUUCCACAUAUAAGCUCGCCAGCCUAUUUUACAAAUAUGUGUAGCUAGCUGCACCGUUUACUAUAAAACUAAGAUAUUCGUAAGACAUUGGCUGAGUUUCAUCUGCCCCUCCUCGAGAAAAGGAUUUCUGCAGCGGUGUAGCCCCAAAUGGGAGGGGUAUAUCUCCAGAGAGGAGUUCUUUGACUCCUGAAUGGGCUGAGUUUAACUGUAAAAUGGGAGAUGCGAACUGAUUAGGGGUUGCUGGUCAGAGGUGAAUGCGUCUGUGCUGUUCCCAGGGUCCCGUUGGCCCGUUAUGAGACUGCUCUUGUCUCUUAGUAACUGGCUGCUUGCCUGACUUUCCUUCUCUGGACAGUCUGCCUCUUUUCUGUCAUGAUUUAAUUCCAUUAAUGUGUUUUUUAUGCAACUAAUGUUUAUGUACUCUCAUGGAUCUUCCACAACAAAUACAGCUAGCUAACGUUAUUAACUGGAGUGCUUUAAGUAUUAUAGCAUGCUAGCUGUCUAUCUAGCUAGCCUUUUAUAACAUAAUGCUUGUUGUAUGCUAGGUUGCUGUAUAGUCAUCUCCCCUGCACACCGUGAUUGCUGUUGUUGUAUAUUCACUUGCAGCUUCAGUGUUUUGUUACUAACAUACUCUGAGACUGUGUGUGCAAUGUGACAUUAGAGGUAUAGUACCCCUCUGUAUAACCUGUGGUUAUUGUUUGUACUCCUGCAGAUAAUUACUGUGUUCGUUCAUGGCUGCCAUUUUGGACAGUGGUCAGUUCCACUGUAAGAUGAACUACUGUGUUUAUAGAUGUGGGGAACUAAAGCAGGGCUAGCGCAGAGCUCAUCACAGCAAGCUCUGUCACCACUGACAACAAGCCCGAGGAGAUGCAUGAAAUGGUUUCCAGGAUACCAGCUGUUACCAGGGAUACAUUUUACGUUUUAGAGUGUCUGUCCAGAGGCUCCGAAAAUAAAAGAGAAAGAGGAGGAAAUGUGUCUACAAUGCUAUCCCUUUUAAUGAUGAUCAGCGAUCAUAAGACUGAACAAGUGGGUUAAGUGAAUGCUCUACUAGUUUGAUGAUAUUCAUUUUUUAAAAUAAUUCUGCUGUUUGUGACAGUUGCAAGAAAAUGUACUAUUACACUUAUUUGGGCCAUCGGCAAUCAAACAAAUGAAUGGCACCUGCACAAACACCUGGAGAGGACAGGUAGAGAUGGGCAGGGCUGUGGCAGGGGUACUUACUGAUUUAUCUAUAACAGGUACAUAAAUAGGUUUUAUUUAUUUUAAAGAAUUGUAAACCAUUUGGCUUUCUUGUGUUUUUCACACAAAGAGGAAGAGAGAGCUCUGAAAUGAAGUGUUUUACAGAGCAGCGAGGCACUGAGUCCAAAGACACUGAAGAUUAAUAUUACAGGGAGUGUCCUUGUGGAGACAGCAUUACAGAUAUCAUUCAGGCCUUUAGACCAUACAGAGGGAAACUGUUACAAGCUGAAUGGCUUUGUACAGCACAGCAUGCCUCCCACUGUAAGGCAUGCAGGCCGGCCUUUUCCGUCUUUUCAUAAUUUUAUAUUUGCCUGAAUUUAUUUUAAGACAUUUGAUUGAGCUCUUAUUUAUUGUCAUUAUUCUGUGGGUAAAUAGGUGCUGAUGUAUCUGAACUUACGCUUUGCUUCAGUGCUUCUGUGUGUUAUUGCAAUCUAGUGAAAGAAUGACCUCAAUGCAGGAAGUAAAAAAAAAAAUAAAAUAAAAAAAUCAUGGCUCCAUUAUUAUAGAAAGGUCAUCAAGACUUCCAACAUCAUCAAGGACACCAUUAUAGCGAAGCGUUUAUCAUCAUCAUCAUCAUCAUCAUCAUCAUCAUCAUUUUCCUCAGCAUCAUUAUCAUCAUCAUCAUCAUCAUGUUCUGAGCCAGCACAGUCAUCAUCAUCAUCAUCAUCAUUAUCAUUAGGGCUGGUAAUCAUCCAGGCAGGUUUCAGCAGCUCAAUAAAAGGCGAGCUGGAGCCAGGCCUUCCUCAGUCUCUCUCCCUGCAGCUGGGAGCAAAGAGGCUUCUGCUGUCCUCCACUCCUCCUCUCCUCUCCUCUCUUCCUCUCUUUCCCUCCUGCUCCUCUCCUCCUCUCUUUCCCUCCUUCCCUGUCUGUGUUUCCUUCGCUCACUGUAACAUGAGAAUAGACUACAUCUGCUUCCAGUGUAGCACUUUGUCUCCAGCUCAUUUGACACGGCUGAGCUGAUUGGUUUGGAGGAGUUCCCCCUGUGCUUCACUCCCCUCAGCAUGGAGAGCCAGGCAGACCACGCCCAGGACCCUGAGAGCGAGGCGGAGGAGGGCGGAGCUUGUGCAAGCUGCGGCCAAUCACUGAGCCUGGCUGGGCCGUACUGCCCACGCUGUGGAGACCGAGGGAAAGGGCGGGGCUUCCGCUCAGACCCCGCCCCCCAUGCCGAUGAGGAUGAGGAUGAGGCGCUGCAGGGCGGUGGAGAGGAAGGUGGGGACGGCCCCCCCAAACUGCACACCUGCAAGCUGUGCAGCUUCUCCUCCCGCUACUCCAACCACCUGAAGCGGCACAUGAAGACGCACAACGGCGAGAAGCCGUACCGCUGCCCGCUCUGCGCAUACGCGUCUGCGCAGCUGGUCAACCUGCAGCGCCACCUGCGCAUCCACACCGGCGAGAAACCCUACAGCUGCGCCCACUGCCACUUCGCCUGCAGCUCCCUGGGCAACCUGAAGAGGCACCAGCGCAUGCAUGCGCAGGAACAGCACAGUCACUGCAGCACCCCGCUGCACAGGCAUGUGACAGGACAGGCUGCAGCGGAGGGGACGGAUGAGUCUGCUGGAGAGGCUGUGCUGCGCUCUCAUCACCAUGGCGACCACCUGAACCCAGGGAAUGACCCACCACAGGAUGCAGGCGGGACUGGAGGUGGGGCUAGGGCAGUGGGUGUGGCCAAUGCCCUCCCGGAGCUGCUGUUCCCCUUCACCUGCCGGCUGUGCGGGGUGGUCCUGGACGACGAGGACGGCACGUCUGCGCAGAUCUGCAGCAGCUGCACGCUGGACAUGCUGACAAAGGCCCCGCCCAGCAGCCCGGGGGAGAGGGGCGAGCGGGUGUUCUCCUGCGCCCUGUGCUCCUUCACCACCCAGUACCCCAACCACCUGGCCCGCCACAUGAAGACCCACAGCGGGGAGAAGCCCUACAAGUGCCCCCAGUGCGACUACGCCUCCGCCCACUUCGACAACCUGAAGCGCCACCACCGCGUGCACACGGGCGAGAAGCCCUACAAGUGCCACCUGUGCGACUACGCCUGCGGCAACCUGGCCAACCUCAAACGGCACCAGCGCAUCCACUCCGGCGCCAAGCCCUUCCAGUGCGCCGUGUGCAGCUACAGCUGCAACCAGAGCAUGAACCUGAAGCGGCACAUGCUGCGGCACACCGGCGAGAAGCCCUUCUGCUGCCAGGAGUGCCCCUACACCACCGGCCACUGGGACAACUACAAACGGCACCAGAGGAAGCACGGCCACUCCGCACACGGCUGGGUCAAAGUGCAGCUGCCCCACACCGAGGAGGAGGAGGACGAAGAGGAGGAGGAGGAGGAGGAGGAGGAUGUGUAGCUGCUUACAAGUGUGUGGGGAAGGGUGUAUGUGUGUGUGGAGGGUGAGUAAGUGUGUGUGUGUGUGUGGGGGGGGGGGGUGCAGGGGUGUGUGUGUGGGGGGGGGGGUGUUCAUGCACAGAUAUGGGAGGGCCUUACGGAGGUGUUUUAACUCGGUUGAUGUGACGUAAAUGUCUGUUUAAGCUACCAGCGUUUUCUUGGUGUUGUGUGUUUUUAAUGUGUUGGUCUGUAUAAAAUAUGCACACGUUUUACAGAGGAUUCUCUGGUCUGUCCUGUUGCCUUUUGAGGGGGGAGGGUAAGGGUUAGGUCUCCACUGUUACCCAAGUUACAGUUUCCUGCCGGCUCUGCAGCUCUGCACUGUUCUCUGCAGACCAGCAGAGGGCGCUGGUGCAGCAGUGUGGACUGGCAUUCUGGGGUCCUGUAGCUUCUGACUACUGUGUACUAGUAAAUGUGAACAUUAGGCCAUUGUUUAGUUUUCUUUCAAAGAAAAACAGUGACAUUGGAAGCAUGAAGUAUCAAAAAAUAAAGCAUUUAUAUUUUUAAAACAUCGUAAUUUCCUCAUUAGAAAUGCAUAUUUUUAAUAUAUUGCUUUUUGUCUGUUUUUUAUGAAAUGUGAAAUGUAAGUGUUGUCAGUUUGAGGGAAAGCAGAAGGGUUAGGGUUACCCUAACCCAUAACUACAUGGAAUAUUGUGUGUGAAUUUGAUUAUGUAUAGUCAUAAUUUCAGCUUGUGGAGAAAGAAGUGAAUGUUUUCAUUGAAAUGUUUGGACUUCAGUUUCCUCCCCAUCUAUGCUAUGUGCAGUCCGUGAAUAAUCGCCUUAAGUGCUGAGAAAUAAAAAGCGGAAGUUAAUGUUGACAAGGUGA